AUGGCCAAGCGCCUCUUCUACUCCUGCCGCUCGCCGUCGGCAGCCGCCGCGGUCAGCCCCACGACCACCCUCCUCCCGAGGGACCCGAGCGCUCACCCGCCCGUUGUCCCGGCCCCAUCGGGCGGCGCGUGCUGCCCUCGCCGCGCCCCUCGGCGGCGGGGGCGGGCCCAGACACCUGCAGCCUGCGGCGCCGGGGGCUGCGCCGUCGACUACGGCGCCGACGACCUCCCUCCGGCGCGUGGAACGCCGGCGUACCGGUGGCUGAAGAGCUCCCGCUGGCACGUCAUCGAGGCGGCCAACGCGUACGCCUCCGACGGCGACGGCGACGGCGACGACACGCCCCGCCUCAAGAUCGACGCGCGGCGCCGGGUGCGGCACUCGCGCCGCCGCCGCAGGGUCCUCCACCGGAGUCUGGCGGGCCCGGCGAGCUGGUCGUCCGGGGACAGCGGGUGGUUCAGCAGCGACGACGACGACGGAGACGAGCCGUUCGGCGCCGCGGGGGAGGCGUCGUCGGCGCUGCACGUGGCGGCGGCGUCGUCGACCACCACGACGGAGUCCUCGUCGACGGGCGUGAGCCGGAACAGCGCCGGCGCCGGUGCCGCGAGGGGAGAGGAGGCCGCGGCCGCGGCGCUGGCCGGGGGCUUCGCGGUGGUGAAGCGCUCCGACGACCCGCGCGCCGACUUCCGGCGGUCCAUGGCGGAGAUGGUCGUGGGCCGCGGCAUCUACGACGCCGACGGCCUGGAGCGCCUGCUCCGCUGCUUCCUGGCGCUCAACGACCGGUGCCACCGCCACGACAUCGUGGCGGCGUUCGGCGACGUGUGGGAGGCGGUCUUCUCCAACCCACCGCCGCAGUCGCACUCCCACGGCGCCGCCGCCGCCGCCACAUCCUCCGACGCUACGAGCUGCAAGGCUGCAGGCCUGCAGCCAUGUCUCAUCCCUAGAUAA